UGGUUGGAAUCACUGCUUCACACUUGUGUAGAGCCAUGUGCUUUCGAUCCGCUCCGAAUUUUAUCACAACAAACGACAAAAACAUAAAAAAUAUAUCGGUAUGAGAUCGAUUUAAAUUACUUUUCACAAAAUGCAUUAUCGCCUAAUAUUCCGUGCGUUAUUAUCGAGUACUGUGAAAAAUGCGAGAAAAAGUAUUCAUACAACUGCUGGAUAUAAAGUGCCGGAUGUUUGGCAGCCGAAUAAGAAAGGAGGAACUUACAAUCGAGAACAGGACGAGAAAAAAAGUCCCGAAGAAGAGGAAUGGGAGGAGCAGAGUUUUGGCGAGAAAAUUAAAGGAGAAUGGAGCAUGAUCAAAAAAGAAUUUGCCAAAUUCAAGGACGAGUGGAAGGAAAAUUUGAAGGGUCCUGUUGUCAUCUUCAGAAAGGGAGAAGUUGAUGUUAUUUGGAGGUUUAGUGAAGAUAAAGAAUGUCUCAACAAUUGGAUUGUGUCCACUGACAGUGAUAAUAAUGAAGGGUAUUCUACUGCAAAAUUGGAAUUAUCGCCACACGGAUCGGGCAUAUUUAGUGGAAAUUUGGACCUGCGAGUUCCAGAAGAUGGAGAAGUUCAUUACGCAGGAUAUGCAAAUUUAAGGUCUUUAAAUCACACGAUAUCAUUCGGGCGAGAAUCCACAAUGGAUUGGUCCGUGUACACCCAUCUGCGAAUGAAAAUUCGAGGCGAUGGUCGCACUUAUAUGAUAAAUAUAGGAGUCAAGCAAACUUUUGACGUCCAGUGGUUCGAAUUGUACAAUUUCGUUCUGGCGACAAGAGGCGGACCUUAUUGGCAAAUUAUUCGCAUUCCACUCAACAAAUUUUUCCUGACUCACAAAGGCAGAGUUCAGGAUCGACAGCGCCCCCUCGAGAAGAACAAAGUCAACAAUAUAGGAUUUACUUGUGCGGACAAAGUUCCGGGGCCUUUCAGACUCGAGAUCGAGUAUAUUGGCAUUGAGUCCGACGAGUCUUGCACGGAAGAGUUUGCAUAUGAGUCUUAUGAUGUGGACACUAUGAAAUUGUAAUCUGUUGAUGUUUCGAGAAAAUGUAUGAUAUAGAAUAGUUUAUUGCUAAUAUACAAAUUAAAACGUUGUUGGUUUGGA